UUUUAAUCUUAUUCUUAUUUUUAUGAUGAAAGAUAAUUAACAUUAGAACGAUGAAAUGAUGAUCCAUAAUUACGGUUAAUGUUACAAUUGUUUUUCUUCUUGGUUCUUCAAUUGAUUUUCUAUUAUAGUAAAUUAGUUAACUGUGAGAAUUAUGAUUCUGCUCUAAUCAGAAUAAUCGAUUAGAAUCUCUUUUUUCUUCUUCUUCUCAUCUUUGAUGAUAAUCAAAUCUUAAUUUUGAUUGAUAAAAACGCUGAAAUUUUAUAUAUCAUAUGAAUUUUCCCGUUGAUCUAUUAUCUGAUACUUGGAAGAUAAUGAUUAUCAUUCCCUGGUGAUGAUAAGCAUGAUGAUUAUGAAUCUGUUUGAAACAAAAAACAACAGCAAAGGUAAAAACUACCAUGGAAACAUAAUAAACAAGAAAUGAAAUAAUAAUCAUCAUUAUCAUCAUCAUCAUCGAUGAUAUAAAUAAGGUUAAGAAGGUAAAUACAUAAAUUGUUCAGUGUUAGGAAUUGACUUGCUGUUAAAUUGUUGUUAUAUUCAAUUAAUGGGAAAGUUGCUCAUCAAUAUGCUCGAGUAUCUGUAUUGAGUUAAUUGUUAUAAUCAAAAGUGUUACAGUUUAAUAUAUUGAACAGUUGAUCUACUGGAAUUAUUAAAUGACAAGUUUGUAACAUUAUCCUUGAUUGUUGAUGAUUAUCUGUUGAUUUUGUUUCUUUAUUGUGAUUCUAAUGGGGAUGAUAAUUAAUAGGCUACUAAAUUGAUUGGAUUUGGAAGGAGGAGAUAAUUAACUAAUUGGGGUAUUGAUAAUGAAUAAUUAAAAGCUUCUGAUGUAAUGAUUUAAAAUCUUUUAAAGUGAUUUAGUUUAUUAGCGAUUCUAAUUACAUUGAUCAAUUUAAAUUUCUCAGUUAAGUUUGUUUACUUGGUCCUUUUCAUCGUGUUAAUUGUUUUAACUGUUAAUUGUUAUGGCUGGAGUUAUCUCAUUACCUUCACAACCUCCACCACAAACACCACCACCACCACCACCACGAUCACCACCAAUUCCUUGUGAAUCAAUUGAAAAAGUUGAUUAUGAUGUCGAUUAUUUCACUCGAUUAUCCCGACGGAUUCAAGAUGGAUUCAAAGAUGAUAUUGAUCGAGAGGUAUUCACGAAAACGAUAUUACAACAAACCCGUGGUUUAGAAUUGAAACUUUCUGGUCACAAAUAUCCAUCGACUUGUAUCCAAUGGGUCAUCGAGAAUACAACUGAUUGUGCCAUUAUAAAGUCGCUUGCAUUGGCCUUUUACCCGAAGGGAUUAGAUCCAAAUUGUUUAACUAAUCAACAUACAAGUAGAGUGGUUCAGUUACUCUUGGAAGCGGCAUUGAAAAUCCUUUCCAAUGAGUUUACCUUUAAUGGUCAUAAAGCCGAGGAACCAACUCGACACGGUAAAUGGACUGAACAAUUUAUCGCUGGCUAUUCACAAUUCAUACUUAUCCAUAUGGAUAAAAUGUUAGCCGAUGGUAACGGAACCCAUGUCAUGAUUACCGUUAUUGAAGCUCUUGGUGGAGUUCGUAUUGGUCGACAUUGGUCUCGAAAGACAAUCGGAUUUGCACUUAAAUCAUCAAUCAACACGGAACUUGAAAAGGAUAAUGUUAUCGCCGAGUUACCUGUUAGUUUUACCAAAUUGUUGAUAAAAAUGGCCAAACAUUUGAUCGUAAUUAGACCCGAUAGAGAUUUAAAAGAGAUUAUUUUAGGACGUGGGACAACAUUGAUCCAGAAUUUAUUAUUCAUUCUAAAGGUUCGAAUACCUGAAAUUUGCCAAUAUUCAGUUAAACGUUUAGUUUAUAUUAUUUUCUCAACGGAGGAAAAUAAAUUUGCCAUAACAACCAAUUCGGCCUCCGCUUACCUGGUUGAAGCAAUAAUGCUCGUUUGUUCACAACACCGACUCACCCAAUUGUGGGACAGGUACUUAAAGGGUAAACUAAUGGAGAUGUGGAAAGAUGAUAUCGCUAAUUUUGUGGUUCAACGAUUAAUUGAUGCGGUUCAAGAUAUUAACUUGUUCAAGGGUAUUUGUGAUGAAAUUUUCCCUGAAUUGAGAAAUGUUUUCUCCUACAAUCGAGCUGGAAUUGGUGUUUGCCUCGCCAAGGCGAGCAUACGAUUUACCUCAAUGCAAGAACCUUUCAUAAAUGCUUUAAUGAGAGCAUUUAAUUGUGAGGAUAAACAAGAUCUCUUGGUUCCUUUGAUGUUAUUUGGUGAUUCGAAACAUCGUCGAUCACUUUGGCUUCAUGGUUCUCUGAUGUUACAAUACAUUUUUCGAUACGAAGAUCCGUACAAAGUGUCCAAAAGUCUUUUAUCUCUUGAGCCACAGCGUUUAUUUGAUAUUUAUUCGGAUAAAAGUGGAAGUCAUGUAAUCGAUUGUUUUCUUAAAUCGGAUAAUGUUACAGAGAAAUUGAAAGCACAAUUUAACGAGAAGAUUAAAUCAUAUUCCAUUGAAGAGUUUCCAUUUACUGGUAGACGAUCCUAUUCACGAUUCUCUAGAAGUCCCAGAAGAAACGGAGUCAACUAUAUAAGAAGAAGCAGCAGAUCAAGAAGUCGAAGUCCUCCCUCUAAGCGAAUGGUCUCUCCACGUCGAAGAUAAAUUCCAUACAAACAAUACACACAGAAUCACGAAUUUCUCCUCUAAUAUCUUUAAAUUUUUCUCUUUCACUCCCUUGAUUUCGUCCAUCCAACUUUACAAUCUCUCUGAAAGUUCAUCUCUUUAUAUAUAUAAACACAAAUCCCUCUCAAAAUCCACUCUCACACAAAGAAAAAAACAUCAAUAUCAACAAACCAUUACAACCAAAACUAAAUUGUUGACAUACAAUUAAUAGGAAACAAAACUCAAUCCCAAUUGAAGUUAAAUGACAACAAUUUCAAUCAUUAUUAAAAAGUGAAUCUUUU